UAGACUUUAGACACUCUUGACUCUUCCCGGAACUGUAAUCCCUGGAAAACAAGAUGAACAUCAGAACCAAACUAAUCAAAAAGCCUCUGACCAAAACCCUCAUAGAACCCCUCUUCUUCAAACCCAUUUACACCACCAAUGCUGCUACACAAACCUCACCAUUACACGCACUCCACCAACCCCAUUUCUCAUCUUGCUAUCAUUCUCAAAACUUAUCUCUCUUAAACACUAUUCACCGUCUUUCUCAGCUCAAACCCACCUCCAUUUUUGCCCAUUCUUCUUCGUUUUUGACCUUUUGGGGCCUCAAUGGAAGAAGCUUUUCUAAGUCUGUCAGUGUUGAUGAUAGUGAUGAAACAGAUGAAGACAUUGUACCUAUUGAUGAAUGGGAAGAGGAGGAUGAAGCUGAACCUGAGAUUGGUGAUGGAGGUGAUGGGGGUGGAAUAGUUUUACAGAACUGUUUCUGGGGUGCCCGGGCCUUAUCUAUUGCCCAAGAGAUCUUGGCUCAAUUUGGGGAUGACAUAGAGCUCUUCUCUUUUAAAACAACACCCCGUGGAUACAUUUAUGUCAGACUUGACAAGCUUCCAAACAAAUAUGGAUGUCCAGACGUAGAGGUGAUCGAGAGUUACAAUCGUGCGUUUAAAAAACGGUUGGAUGAAGUAGGACAGGAGGGAGAAUUACCUGAAGAUUUGGCUAUUGAAGUAUCAUCGCCUGGGGCAGAGCGGCUCCUAAAAGUACCAAAUGACUUGCAAAGGUUCCAAGACAUGCCUAUGAGAGUUAGCUAUAUAGAAGAUGUUGACACUAAAUGCCCCGAGAAGACUUCGAUUUUCUACCUGGAUUCUCUUGAAACAGAAUCAGGAAGCUGCGUUUGGAGACUGGCAGACGUGAAGGAAAAUAGGGACCCUGCAGCUAAAGGUAGGCCCUUUAGCCGUAAACAGAAGGAUUGGAGGUUAAAACUUUCCUAUGCAAUGGUUAAAAAGGUGACAUUGUAUCUGGACUGCUAAUUGUGGGGUACUCAUAAACAUACUUUUGCACUAGCCAAACAGUUUUUUUGGUAUAUAGGCUACUUACAUGCUGCACACCAUGUUAGAAGGAAGAUCAGAUUGGUGUUCUAACUUAAUUUCUCGAAAUUGCUUUAUCAUCUUAUGAAAAUAUUAUCAAGCACUAUUGAAGGCAUAAUUUGUCAGUUAUUUAGUACAAGGAGAAAAGAAAUCGUAGUUUGUCAAUAAUUCUUGCCUUAAGGUAGAAUUUUACCUGUGGGUAUCAACGUGAUUAUGGCUUGGAUAUCUAAUCAAAAGCAAUCUGUUUAACAUAUACAUCGCACCACUUUGGCAGAGUGCUCUGCUUGAUUGUAUCAUAUUACAUUGUUAAUGUCUGGUGUAUUGUAUGACUCAAUGACUGUAUGAAGCAGCAGGCAAUUAUAUGCUUUGUCAGAUGGUAUACCUGAAUUACAUACAACACUGUUUGUUCAAGUAUAAAUGACCCUGGGACAUUUUUGUGUAAUAAUUAUUAAUAAUAGUAUAUUUAAGUAUUUUAUUUAUUAUAA